AUGCAUAUCCCCGCCAUUUUGGCGGUGCCUCUUUUGGCCGGCGCCGUUUCGGCGGCCGUCGGCGGGCCCGGCAGCCAGAUCGUCGAGCAGGCCGCGCGUGCCGCCAGCGCCGAAAACAUUGUGCCCGGCAACUACAUUGUCGAGUUUGAAGACGGGCACGACGGCAGCGAGUUUUACAACGCCAUUGCCGCCAACGCCUCCAAGAAGAUGGACCUCAACUUCAAGCUUUUCCGCGGCGCGUCCAUCCAGUUCCACGCACCCGACGAGACGUCCACGGUCGACGCCACGGCGCAGCUGGAGGCACUGCCGGCCGUCAAGCGCAUGUGGCCAGUGCGGCAGUACCGCAUUCCGGAGCACACGCGCCACUGGGUAGCCAACCUGUCGAGCGACGACGACCACGUCCGGCGCGCCACCGCCGACGACACGCUGUCGACGCACGUCAUGACGCAAGUGACGCAGCUGCGCGCCAAGGGCAUCACCGGCAAGGGCGUGCGCGUGGCCGUCGUCGACACGGGCGUCGACUACCUGCACCCUGCGCUGGGCGGCUGCUUCGGCCCCGGGUGUCUGGUGAGCUUCGGGUACGACCUGGUGGGCGACGCUUACACGGGCACCAACAAGCCCGUGCCCUCGGGCAACCCGCCCAUGGACUGCAACGGCCACGGCACGCACGUGUCGGGCAUCCUGGCCGCACAGGGCGGCAGCAACUCGUUUGGCGUGACGGGCGCCGCGCCGGGGGUCGAGCUGGGCAUGUUCCGCGUGUUUGGGUGCGAGGGCAACGUCAACGACGACGUGCUGAUUGCCGCCUUCAACCGCGCCUACGAGGCGGGCGCCGAUGUCAUCACGUCGUCGGUCGGCGGGUCCUCGGGCUGGUCCGACGAGGCGUGGGCGGUCGCGACGUCGCGCAUUGUCGCCAACGGCGUGCCCUGCACGCUGUCGGCAGGCAACGAUGGCAGCAGCGGCCAAUUCUAUGCGUCGGCGGCCGCAGACGGUCUUGGCGUCGUGUCGGUGGCGUCCGUCGACAACGCCGUGUCCCCGACCUUGUUUUCCAAGGCAACGUUCGCCGUCAAGAGCGCCGCCUCGCCCGUGGCCAACACGUCCUUUGGCUACACCGCCGGCAGCCCCGCCAACUGGUCGUCCGUCACAUUGCCGCUGUGGGCGGACACGUUCAACACCAGCACCGAGACGGACCUCUGCGAGGCCCUUCCCGCCAAGAAUAGCACCAACGACCUGUCUGGCUACAUUGUGCUCGCCCGCCGCGGCACAUGUCUCUUCACAAUCAAGGCGCAGAACGCCGCGCGUCGUGGCGCCAAGUACGUCCUCUUGUACAACAACGAGCCCGGCACCCUGCAGGUGGACGUCAGCUCCGUGCCCGGCAUUGUGGGCAUGGCCAUGGUCACGGCCGACCAGGGCGCCGCCUGGAUUGCCGCCCUCGCCCGCAACGAGACGGUCCUCGUCGCCAUGACGGACCCGCUCACCGCGCCAAAGGGCCUGAACAAUGCGAACAACACCGCGUCGGGCGGGUUUGUGAGCAGCUUCAGCAGCUGGGGCCCGACCUUUGACCUCGACGUCAAGCCGCAGUUCGCGGCGCCCGGCGGCCAGAUCCUGUCGACCUUCCCGCGCAGCCAGGGCGCCUAUGCCGUGCUGUCGGGUACCUCCAUGGCCUGCCCGCUCGUGGCAGGCAUCUAUGCGCUGCUCAUUGAGGCCCGCCCCGACCUGCGCAACAACCCGCAGGCGCUCCAGUCGCUGCUGUCGUCCACCGCCCAGCCCAACCUGUACAACGACGGCACCUCGCGGCCCCGUCCGUCCCUGUUGGCGCCUGUCCCGCAACAGGGCGCCGGCCUCGUGCAGGUGUACGACGCCGCGUACGCCACCACGCUCCUCAGCGAGAGCAGCCUCUCCUUCAACGACACGGACCACCACGCCCCCCUGCGCAACUUUACCAUUACCAACCACGGCCACACCUCCGUCGUGUACACGCUGUCCAACAUCGGCGCCGCCACCUCGUACACCUUUCUGGCCGGCACCGACAUCCAGCCCGCCCACUACCCACUCACGCUGCAGGUCGCGGACAGUCCGGCCGCGCUGGCCUUUAGCACGUCCGACCAGUCCACGGCCAGCGGCGACGGCACGACCGUCACCAUCCCUGCUGGCCAGCGCCGCGUCGUCAUCGUGUCGGCCACGCCGCCGGCCGGCUUGGAUCCCGCGCGCUUGCCCGUGUACUCGGGCUACAUUGCCAUCAACGGAUCGGACGGGUCGGGUCUGUCGCUGCCGUACCUCGGUGUCGUCGGCAGCAUGCGCUCGCUGACCGUCCUGGACGCCGUCCAGACGUACCUGGGAAAGGUGCCCGCCGCCAGCGGCAACAGCACCAACGCAACCGCCGUGCCCGGGCUGGGCGCCCGUCGCGUGCCCGCCAACACGCUCUUUGUGCUGCCGGUGCGCCUGACCCCCGGCCAGAAGAACCUGACCGAUGCCCAGCAAGCGGCGCUGCAGCUGCUGGCCAACGCCAACCACACCGCGUCGCUCGUCCAGACCAACCUCAACUUUGUCAUGGGCUCGCCGCUGAUCCGCGCCGACUUGGUGCCGAUCAAGCUGUGCUCGUCGCCGACGACGCCGGCGCCGGCUCUGCAGGACAUUCUUGGGUACAAGACGCUGGGCUCCAUCCAGAGCUUCCCGGUGCAGUGGAUGUCGCGCGACCCCUUCAACGCCACCUGGGACGGCAGCAUGACCGACGGCACCUAUGCGCCUCCGGGGCUGUACAAGAUUGUCUUCCACGCACUGCACAUCUUUGGCGACCCGAAGCAGCCCAGCGACUAUGACAUUGUCGAGACGGACCCCUUCCGGAUAAAGUACCUGGAGGCGCCGUCGACCACGUCGCCGGCCGGCAAGGCCGUGCCCAAGAUGAUGAGGCGGCAGACGGCGGAAUGCCCGUAG